GCGCGGGCCCAGCCGGGUGUAGGUGGGUGGCUGGUCCAGAGGGCCCUGGCCGAGGUGAGGCUCCCACGGUCCUAUCGCUUUGCAGGUGGGCACGGACAGCCGACAGGCAGGUGCAAGGGCGUCGAGUCGUGGAAAGGUGGAAAGGCCGUGCCGAGCCAAGGGACUCGGCGGGUCCCGGGCUGGCUGUCUCAGAGCCGAGGGCGCUGAUGAUGUUGCGACACCGGGAGGAGGGAUAGUGGAGGAGGCAGCGGUCGUGGACAGAUGGGCCACCCAGCAGCGGGAGGACCAGUGGGAGGGACAAGCCGCUGGAGGGGACACGGCCUUGGGAGACAUGGAUGUGAAGGACGAUGGCCUUUAGGUUUUGCCUAGAGCUGACCGUCGCCGCCUAUUUUGUGUCCUCUCACACCCACCACCCUGUGAGGCCCAGAGCCUUUUCCAGGCUGGCCCUCUAAGGCUGAGGCGGUGCUAUGCACCCACUCGGUGCAUGGCUGGAACUGUGCUUGGGGCAGUUCUCAGUUUGGAUAGCAGCACUUUGGAUAGCAGCACUUUGGAUAGCAGCAUGGGACAGGUCACAUGCUGGCUUUCACGGCUUCAGUACACCCCAGAAGGCCCCUUCAGAAGAAAGGUCUGUCGUCUUCCUCUGACCAUCUGUUCACUGCCCCAGCUGAAUGAGGCUGAGUUUGUCUGUUUUCUCUCCCCGAGAGUAAGUUGGGGAGGCCUCAGGCCAGGGCUGCCUCCUGUCUACCACGGAUUCCAAGGUGGUUCACGGCCCAGAUGGCUGCCAAGACCUGCUCCAGGCCUUCGGGCGAGAUGCCUCUGACCUUCCAGGAUGUGGCUGUGUACUUCUCCAGGGCAGAAGAGCAGCAGCUGGGCCCCCAGGAGCGGGCGCUGUACCGGGAUGUGAUGUUGGAGAACUAUGGGAACGUGGCCUCACUGGGAUUUCCAGUCCCUAAGCCAGAGCUGAUCUCCCAGCUGGAGCAAGAGGAGGAGCUGUGGGUCCUAGAUCUUCUGGGGACUGAAGAACCAGAAGUCUUAAGAAGUUGCCAGACAGAUUCUGAAAUUGAGACUGAUAAGGAGCUAUCCAUUUUAAAUCAGAAAUGUUCUGCGAAAGUAAAAACACCAGAAUUCAUAUCACAGAGAUUCCCAAGGGCUAAUUCACAAACACCUGAAUCUCAGGAAGCUUGGGACCAUGAAGGUCAGGGAGAAGGGAGCCAAGAAAGUUCUACUCAGAGUUUGAAGAGAGUUGCUAGAGAGGACUCUCCAGUAUAUAGGAUACAGCUUCCAGAAAAUGCCCAGCCUCCUGCAUUUGAUAGACACUUGAAUUCGAGCCAAAGUGUUGUUACAAUUCAAAGAAAUAAAACAGGACAGAGAGUUUUUAAAUGUGACAUAUGCAAUAAAACAUUUAAAUAUAAUUCAGACCUAAGUCGGCAUCGCAGAAGUCAUACUGGGGAAAAGCCUUAUGAAUGUGGUCCAUGUGGGCGGGCCUUUACUCACAGCUCAAAUCUUAUUCUUCACCAGCGAAUUCACACUGGGAACAAACCAUUUAAGUGUGAUGAAUGUGGGAAAACUUUUGGGCUCAAUUCUUAUCUCCGUCUGCAUCAGAGAAUCCACACUGGAGAAAAGCCUUUUGGGUGUAAUGAAUGUGGGAAGGCCUUCAGUAGAAGUUCAAGCCUCAUUCAGCAUCGCAUAAUACACACAGGAGAGAAACCUUACAAGUGUAAUGAAUGUGGGAAAGCCUUCAGCCAGAGUCCUCAGUUAACCCAGCACCAGAGGAUUCACACCGGAGAGAAGCCCCAUGGAUGCAGUUGGUGUGGAAAGGCUUUCAGUCGAAAUGCAAGCCUUAUUCAGCACCAGAGGAUUCACACAGGAGAGAAGCCCCACAAGUGCAGUCAGUGUGGGAAAGCCUUCAGCCAGAGCUCCAGCCUUUUUCUUCACCACAGGGUUCACACUGGAGAGAAACCCUACGUGUGUAGCGAGUGUGGAAGAGCCUUUGGCUUCAACUCUCAUCUCACCGAGCAUGUAAGGAUUCACACCGGGGAGAAACCCUAUGUUUGCAGUGAGUGUGGCAAAGCCUUUAGCCGCAGUUCCACUCUGAUGCAGCACCGCAGAGUGCAUACAGGGGAAAAGCCCUAUCAGUGCACUGAGUGUGGGAAAGCCUUCAUCCAGAGUUCCCAGCUUACCCUACACCAGCGUGUCCACACUGGAGAGAAACCUUAUGAAUGCGGUCUCUGUGGGAAGGCUUUCAGCCGCAGAUCAGCCCUCACGCAGCAUCAACGAAUUCACAUGGGAGAGAACACACAGGAGUUUGAGUGUGGCCCAGAUUUUGUUUAUGACACUAGCCAUCUAUCCACUGGAGAGAGACAUGGCAGGGCCUUCAGCCACAGUGCAAAACUUGUUCUCCAGUGGACGAUUCGAAGUGGUGAAAAGUCCCAGGGAUGUAAUGAAUGUGGGAAAACUUUCAGCACUUCCUCACAACCCAUGGAAUACCAGAAAAUUCAAGCUGGGGAGAAACCCUAUAAAUGCCAAGAAUGUGGUAAAGCUGGUAGUGAAGUGUCAUCCCAUACUCAACAUCAUGUAACUCGUGUUGGGGAGAAACCACAAUUGAAUGAUGGAUCUGGAAGAUAUUUAAUUCAUAUCAAAAAGAUUUUUCAAGAAAGACAUUUUUAAUAUGAUAAAUGUGGAAAACAAUCUAGAAACUUUGUUUUUAUAUUAGACAGGUUGGCAUAAUGAAAAUUAAAUAUACUUUUACUAACAGACUUGCAUGUUA